AUGAAAAGUUGUGAAAGAAGAGACACUCGUGAUAUUGGGCAGCUAGUGGUUUCUCAAGACAAAGGAAUUGUGGCCUUAGGCUCAAAAAGGUUUGAUCUGAAUCACUUUCGUGAAUUGAUGACUCGUGCAAUAAUUUUACAUGAUUUGCCUUUUUCAUUUGUUGAAUAUGAAGGUGUGAGAGCUACAUAUGAAUAUUUGUAUCCUGGAAUCACUUUAGUAACUAGGAAUACUGCAAAGGCUGAUGUUGUUAAGAUGUAUGCACUAGAAAAGGCAAGGAUUAAAUCAAUGUUGAAUAAUAAUUCUAGUAGAAUUUGUUUGACAUCUGAUUUGUGGACUUCUAUAAUGACUGAUGGUUACAUAACCAUUACUGCUCAUUUCAUUGAUAAAGAUUGGGUGCUACAAAAAGAAUUCUAA